AUGGGAAAGAGCGGGUCGGGAAAGACCUCUAUGCGUUCCAUCAUCUUCUCAAACUAUAUCGCCAGGGAUACCCGUCGUCUUGGAGCAACAAUCGAUGUUGAGCACUCACAUGUGCGUUUUCUCGGAAACCUGGUUCUGAACCUCUGGGACUGUGGAGGGCAAGAAGCAUUCAUGGAGAACUACUUUGCAUCGCAGCGCGACCAUAUUUUCAAGAACGUGGAGGUCUUGAUUUACGUAUUCGAUGUGGAGAGCCGGGAUGUGGAAAAGGACAUGCAUUAUUAUCAGUCUUGUCUGGAGGCCAUCAUGACAAACUCCAAGGACGCAAAGAUCUUUUGUUUGAUUCACAAGAUGGAUCUUGUUCUAGAGGACCAGCGGGAUAAGAUCUACAACGACCGUGUACUCGAGCUGCAAACGAGAUCCCUGCCCUUGCAAGUGAUACCCUUCAGGACCUCGAUUUGGGACGAGACGCUCUAUAAGGCCUGGUCAUCCAUCGUCUACUCUCUCAUCCCCAAUGUGCAGCUCCUGGAAAGCCACCUGGACAACUUUUGCAAAAUUUGCGAGGCGGACGAGAUUGUGCUGUUUGAACGGAUGACAUUCCUGGUCAUUGCACACUCAACCAGAGUCGACAAUGGCGACGUGCACCGGUUCGAGAAGAUCAGCAAUAUUAUCAAGCAGUUCAAGCUCUCAUGUUCGAGGACACAAGGCAGUUUCCAGAGCAUGGAGGUACGACAUUCCAACUUUGCAGGGUUCAUCGACUACCUGACGGGCAACACCUAUGUGAUGGUCAUCAUGUCGGAUCCAACCAUUCAAUCCGCUGCGACGCUCAUGAACAUCAGCAUUGCCAGGAAGCACUUUGAGAAGCUGGAGGGCGCUCAGUUCUCAAAGUAGAUGACAAAGACGAAUACAGAUAUCCUAGGAACCAUAAAAAAAAAAAAAAUCUACGCGUUGCACCGCCUUCAUUUAUUUACUCCAGUGCCCCAUCUAUGACAAUACUUUGUGCCAGAUUGAAAAUACAACAGGGCCUAGCCCGUGUUUGUGUCAUAAAAAAAAAUAAAAUAAAAAAAGAGGGAGAGCACUUUGGGCCAAGCCAGACGAGAAGGGGAAAAAAGCCCAGGCACACGCACAGGCGAUACCCAGUCCGCCGAAAAACCA